CCUCGUCUUCUUCAUCACGAAAGAAGACAGGCCGUAAAACUUCAUCAUGGCCUCCGUGGCCCACCUCCACAAGCUGCUGGCUAAGAAUGCGAAAGUGUUCAAAGCAGCCUGGAAGCAUACUGCGCGUCUUAUACAGAACCAACUCCCGCCUUCUCUCAGGACUUCGCAAGCCGAACUACAACCGAUCCUUGCACGACAUGUCCCGCGUCAACCCAUCAACCGCAUUGCCUACCUCAAGCAGAGUAAAGGAAGAUGGUAUACCACCCAUAACACUAUCAAUGCUGCUGUCCGACGAUUCACUACUGCUGCGUCCCGCUCUGGAGCUGAACACGGCUGUGUCGCAUUGCCGAAAUCGAGGAUUGGAGCAGCUGUCUAUGGCCUUCCGGGACGCGCUCCGUUUGCCUCGACCCUUCGCCCCAACUUGACAGGAGGAGCCCUCAAUCGCACCGCAGGGGGAUACGCAUUCGGCGCGGGUCAAGCAGGAUCUGCGCGAUUCUUCUCCCAUUCACCUGCUGCUCCUGCACAAGUUGUGCAGAACGUCUCGCAGGCCGUGCGAGCCUUCAUGAUCUCGGGCCAGAAAGCCCAAUUCGAUGGCACCCAUCCCCACAAUGGCGAGAAGCGAUACAAGUCGGUUACUGCUCUCCAAGCACAAGUGAAUCGAAGGGCAAACAAGCUUCCCAAGGCUACGCCAGGCUCAUUCAUUGAUUUCAAUGUCAACCCUACCAUCACCGCGUUCACACCGUUGAGUGCCGUCACCGGCUUCUCCUCAAUCUCGUGUGAGAAGCAAAACCUCAAUAGCGAGGGACUUCUCGACAUCCUCUCUGUUGAUUUCUCAAGGGCUCUCAAGGAACUCGCGGCUGUUCUCAAUGACUUGAAGCGACUAUCGGGCCUCGGGGAUCUACCAAUAUCUUACCACUCGUCUAGUAUUAGGGUCUAUUUCCCUGGCUGUGAUGCCGGAACUGUGGAGAAGAUAUGCGAUGAACUAGGUGUUCAGCGUGGAGUCGUCCGCCAGGACGAAGAUUUUGAUGCCUACGUAGGCACCGAGAUUGCUCUGCUUUUCCCCUUUGCUCCUAGCAGAACACCUUCAGAAAGUUCAUUCUUCGCAAAACCGGUAUCUGGAAGACAAGAUCCGAUUGACUGGCGCCACAUGAUGACACCAGAGCAUAGGAUGACGCCAGACCAAUACUCAACGCACUCGGAAGAUGGAAUGGACUUUGAAGACCUCGCCGAGGGAAACCCGUGGCUUUCAUCGCCGUCUGGAUAUGAGAGUUUGCAUACCAGUGAAGCUGAGGAAUCAGGGGACCUCCAUACCCCAUUGGAGUACCAAGGGAUCGAGGGUAUAUAUCGAUUCAUGGAGCAUUGCGAAUCUGCUCGCGUGUUCACAAGGUGAUGUGGGGAUUUGGCGCGUAUUGAUAUGGAUUUAUGCUUGGUUUAUAUGGACGUCUGACCAGUGUCACCCAUUGAUCACAAUUUCCUUUGUUAUUGUAUGACGGUCGUCUUCGUCGAUCGCUGAAGCGCCUCUAGAUGUAGUCAAUACACUUAGUUGAAAUUGAUACUCGACAUCUUAGACACAUGGGAAGCGCUUGAACC